CUAUAAAUAAUAUGCUCAUGUGAGAGAGUUCGAACUAGCGAACUAUCACCUUUGUAUGUACCUGCGGCCCUAAUUAUACCCACUGCUAGUAAACGUCGAGCAAUAUAUUUAGGUAUUUAUUUUUUUCAUGCAUACCCGUUGUCUGGCGAGACGCGACACUUUGAAUUUUUAGUGCGAUAGGUUUAAACUAGAGCUGCGAAAGCCUUAUACAUUUCUCGAUCGAAAUGGCACGCCGUGAUUCCUCCGUUACAUUAUACAUGGAGAAGCCAAAGCGUGUGCCAGACCAUAGCCGCGAUUUGCCUAUCGAUUUCAUCCUGCGAGUUAAAAGAGAAUUCUGCAUAAAAAAAAUAUUUUACAAAUGGAUACAUCGGUGUCCUUAAGGUGGAAAAAUAAUGAACCGUCUCGCAUCGGACAAAUUUUGAAGAAGAUUUAACCGGCCCUGAGCAUCCCUCUGUCCUCCUCUAACUCGCCUUCUCUAUUACCACAGUAUAUACAUGGAUAUGCGUGUGAUGUAUAUGCGUGUGUAAUGUAUAUGUACAUGUAUUCUUGAGAACUCCUCCUUUUUUUCAAUUUUUUUUCUUUUUCCUUGGGUCUCUUCAUACCGUAUACCAUACACACCGCGUUCGGAGACCACUCACUUUCGCCCUGAGGUUACCUACAGCCCGGGGAUCACGAGGAUCGACGAGAUCGCGAUGAUCGAGGACAGGCGGGAAAAUGCCAGCCGAAGAAAGGUGUAUUAUAGGUGUAGAUAUACCUACUUCACUGAAAGUAAUACAGGUAUAUGAACAGGUAUUAUACAUCCUUUCUUUACGGAAGGUGCACCCAAAAAACUAUCUUGAAAGAGCUUAACGUUUUACCGCGUGUUCCUCUUUUGUUGUACGGACAACAACACGGUAAUUAGAUAGGGCCCUGGAAAUACUUAUUCAUUUAUUUGUUCGUUUGUAACGGUGAUGAAAAAUUAUUAUUCCGCGUCUGUUGAGGCUCACGAUGGGCGUUGCCCUUUCAAUAAAAUACUUUAAGAUUCCAUGCACACGACAUACAUUUACGGCAUUUGUAUUUCUUUGUCAUUUCGUCUCUGGUGUAGGUCGUGAGUUUACACGCGAUGCCAUCGCCAUAUUCUGUACUAUAAAUUCCGUUAUGAUAAUUGAUAUGUUUUUACAUGUUAUCCUAAUGGAAACCAAAACUAUUCCCUACUUGUUUUUUUUUUUUUUUUUGAGUGCGAAAUUCAUCAGGAAUCGGAAGCUGCACUAUAGUUAAAAGUAUUUUCAACUUGUUGGAAGAUGAAAUUUCUCCGCCGUAAGCUAAACUCUAGUAAUUAAUCUUCGCUCUCCGUUUAUACGUCGCGUUUCAACCCCUGUGUUUUGUUUUUUAAACUCGCAGGUUGUUCAAAAUGUCUGCCAAUAAAAAUGGAUCUUUAAAAAAAAAAAAAAAGAUGAAAAAGGUACUUAUUGAGGAUAUAGUUUCUCUCAUAUGUAAAUUAUGGAAUAAAAAAAAAUAAAAAUAUAUGCGUGACGAUAGUCCGUUCGGGUGUGCCGUGCGAAAUAGAAUAUGCAAAUGAAAAAGUUGGCGGUUUGAAAUUCGGCGUUUCAACUAAAUUAGAUAUACCUUCCUGUCCUAUCGUCUUCUAUUUCGAUCUCAAAUGUUGUAUACUAAAUGCCAAACUUGGAUAUUCUUUUGAAAAAUAAAAACCACUUUGUUGAUUCGCGUAUAUUGAAAAUUUUCACUCAUGGUCUCGAUCAAGGCUAGAUCAAAAGUAUAUGCAUAUAUCAUGAGCAGACUAAACGCGAAUAACAGGUCAAAACCUCGACCAAACAAUUUCAAAGUCAAGCGAGCGGUAAGCGUGUAUUGAAAGUCUUCACACUCACAAUUACAAAUUGAAUGUGGUGCAAGCGUGUGUAUAGUGUACAAGUGAAAAUAUUUUUUCUAAAAGCAUCUGGUUGCUAUUGAAACACUAUUUUUAACGGCAACGGGUUAUACUACCAGCAUACGUCAACAAGACAUUUAGUUACACCUUCUCCUGUGCAGAAAUUUCUUCUCUAUAUUUUGCUAGAAGAUAUACGCUUUAUGCGUUUCCCUUGCAAAUGUGUAUGUAUGUACAUGGGGCCUUUUUGACAUCUUGGCGAUUUUUUUCGCGACGAAAUGGAAAGACGUUGCACAAUUCAUUCCAGAAUGCUUUUCCUACAUAUUUCUGCGUGAGGAACACAAAUACAUCGAUUGAAUUAAAUUAGGAAUGAAUCCUAUGGACAUAUCCUUGGUUUUUCGAUUUUUAGAUCGAUAAAUUGGCGAUAACUUGAUCAAUUUCAUAAAUAGAUCAAUUUGACUUCUGAAUUCGGAUUCCUGAGCUCAAAAUACACAAGAAUAAUACAUAAAACUCAAUUUAAAAAAAUGUUGAUUUUCGACCCCAUAAUCGAAAAAACUCCAACGGCCCUCGGAUCUUCUCUAUCAGGAAAUCUAAUGAGGUCCGUACCAGACGUGAUUGGUUGCCGAAGAAGAAAAUAACGAAAAUUACAAUCGAUUUCCGGCAUAGUUUUGUUAUUCCAAUGCAUGGCGUCAUCAAGAGUACACGUGGAUAAUUAGCGACGAGCAUUACAUAGGCAUGCGUCGUAUGUAUGACUGUAAUGUCCGGCCGUACCUGCAUUAGGGGUAGUUUGUACGAACAUGUGUUAGUCAAUAUACUACGAAACGAUUUCGAUCGAAUCGACUCCUGGGGCACAGGGACGGCGAUGAGGGGUCAAGUUCUACGCACAAAGUCCGUUCUAUGCCUACUCCCAUUUCAACCCCGUUAGUAUUGUGCGCGCCCUGGCCUUGGUCACACGUUUCAUACUUAUAUGCCUCCAGGAAUUCAACGAAUAUUCAUUGCUGCACGCGUUGACUGAAUAGUGCAUAUCAAAAUGUCGGAAAAUUGGAUAAAAUAACUAUUGUUUUGUUUCGUUUUAUAUACUAUUCAAUGAGAAUUCAAUUUUGUUCAUCCAUCACACCGGGGCUUUGAUCGAGAAAGAUCAAAUAUCGUUUUGACGUAUGGUGCUGCUCAAAACACCGCCGGCCUCCAGAGGCAAUAGUCCUUCGAGAAAGGGAUCGAGUCCUCAAGAGGCUUUGGGAGGAACUCCGGAAGUUCCGAAAGGAAAACAACAAACCCAAAAACGUGGUAGAAAUUCCGUAAGGGGUAGCAGUCCCGGUAGUCAAAGCACCGGGUCCCGAGGGAGCAGUCCUGGAAAAAGUCCUAGCUUUAAAGGGAAGAACAAAAGUACAUUACCAAGGUCGCGGGGAAGCGAAACGGGGAGCAUCGAAAGACAUGAAGCAGGUGACAAGAGGGUAAUUGCCACUCACCAACUACUCCCCGAAGAUAAUAUUAACGUGGUAGUAAGAGUUCGUCCACUCAGUAAUAAAGAGAUUAAGGCUGGUGACGAGUCUGGAGUUCAAUUUCCUGGAAGUGGACAAAUUCAUUGCGAUGCGAUCCCUAACAGUGGUGAUAAAAAAACUAAGGUUUAUUCGUUCAACGUUGUUUUUGAACCGGCAGCGAUUCAAGAAGAUGUUCUCCAAUAUUCCGGUAUCAAAAAGCUCAUUGAAAUGGCAGUUGAGGGAUUUAGUUGCACCGCAUUCUGUUAUGGACAAACUGGAAGUGGAAAAACGCACACCUUGACUGGGCCUCCAGGUUUGUUUAGUAGACCAAAUCCUUACUCCGAAGGUCACGGAUUAGUAUUUCGAUCAUUCGUUUAUCUCUUCAAGUUACUGCAAGAAAGAGAGGCGUGCAAUUUCAUCCUGAAAGCAUCAUUUCUAGAAAUUUACAACGAAAAGGUAAUCGAUCUCCUGAAUCCUGGAUCUAGUAGAAAACCUCUCGCAGUAAGAUGGAGCAAAAAAAUUCGCGGGUUCUUUGUCGAAAACCUCUUCACCGUGGAGUGCGAAGAACUCGACGACCUGCUGGCCGUUUUGGAAGAAGGCAUGAGAAAUCGAUCUGUCGGAUUUCACAACAUGAACGAUCAUUCGAGUCGUAGUCACACAAUACUAACUGUGCAUAUCACUUCCGAACAGCAGAUGGAAAAUGGCGUAUUCAUUUCGAAGCAGGGUAAGAUAAAUUUUGUGGAUCUCGCGGGUAGCGAAAUGACGAAGAAGACUCAAAGCGAGGGAAAAACACUCGAGGAAGCGAACAACAUUAACAAAAGUCUGAUGGUGCUGGGAUACUGUAUCGCUUCGUUGAGCGAUGGAAAGAAAAAAUCCGGACAUAUUCCGUACCGAGAUAGCAAACUGACAAAACUUUUGGCCGACAGUCUUGCAGGAAACGGAGUCACGCUUAUGAUUGCAUGUAUUUCUCCGGCGAGGUCUAACGCGAGCGAGACUAUAAAUACUCUGCGUUACGCUGCACGUGCUAAAAAGAUUCGCACAAAGCCGAUCGUUGUUAUGGAUCCUAGAGAAGCUUUAAUACUUAGCCUGAAACGAGAAGUCGGUGCGCUACAGGCGGAGAAUGAUCAUUUACGUGUUGCGCUAAAUUUGGGUGGUGAUUCCUCUGGCGCAACGCGCGUCGAAUCUAAAGGAGAAAGACGACCGCUUCCAACACCACCCCGAGUAGAUCUCGACAAAUUAUCGGAACUUGAGGGACCAGAACUCGGACAACUAGUUCGAGAUUAUAUAAAUGAAAAUGAGGCACUUCGAAGAGAAAAUGCCGAGCUUUAUGCUACGAGGGAUCAAAUAAUACGUGACCAAGAACAAGUCUGUAGGGAAAAUGAAAGACUAUUGAAGAAAUUGGAAGAUGUUAAUUCCGUUUGCUGUCGCUCUCCCAUCAUUCCGGCGAGACCCAGUUACUCAGCAGAACUUGCGAAUGGUAUGAAUGCGGAUGAUGCGCCUGGAGCUACGAAUGUUUGGACGAAUCCCAACUCGGAUCCUAAUGCUCCUACGUUCACAAUCGCGAAGGAGGUUUCUGUCGGUGGAAGAGGGACUUCUACGCUAGCUCGCGGGAUGCCUGAAAAGGUAUUGAAGGAAUUAGACAAGCGACGAAUUGGGGGAAGUUUCAAUAACAUUGUAGAGGCUUAUAAGGACAAAAGCCAUCAUCGGAGAAAUAACUCUUGGGAUAAUGGAAACGCAAUCGCUGCAGAUAGCCCGGAACAAACAUCUUCGCCGGUUGAAUAUAGCCACCCCAGAAAAACUCCAGGCUUGCGGAGAACCUCGACAGUACCAAAAGAAAAGAGCAGCUCGCCUAUCUCGAAGUUUUCUAAUCAAAAUCCACCCUCAAAAAUUCUGGACGUUCUGACCGGCACAGCUCUUCCAAUCGGGCAUUCUUUGAACGGUACCCCGACCUCGGCAGACUCGGUUCUGAGUGGCCCAUUAACAGAAGGGAAUAUGAAUUCGGCUCCGAAUUCCGCAGACUCUGUAGCUCCAACCGCACCAGCGUUUCCCAUUAUAACGUCAUGUUCCUCAUCUCCAAUUACUUCCCCAGAAUUUGACAAAAUUGUAGAGGCUCCAAACCUUUCCACCCGGAGGUUGCGAUCGCGCCGAGGAACUGGCUCUGCAGGAAUAAAUGGUCCCAAUGGAGUAGCACAUCGAGUCUUCGGAAGCCUAGUUUCCCUUGAUGACGAUGAUCCACACUUUUUGUCUACCUCGUUAGCUGUUACACAUUAAAAGUAUAGGUAGGUGUUUUCUCAGAUUCAACAAAUUCCUAAGCCUGGGCGUUGAUAGAAAAUAGUAUAUUAAUGGAGAUAGAUGCAUACUGAUGAGUUGAGAAGAUAAUUGUUGUGUCUGUAUAGUGUAUGAUAUUAUUGUGACCUCCAACCGCGCUGUAGAUUCCAUCAGCUGUGCACAACGUUUAGUAAUAUUGAUCUUUAGAAUGGGGGUAUUUUUAUCCAAUACAUGUAACACGACUCAGUGCGUGCAUCGCUCAUUUCAUUUAGAUGGGCAUCAUAAACCACGGAGUUCAUAGGGAAUACAGCUUUAAUUUAUUACAAAGAUAGAUACGUGAAUCAAUUAUCAGUUACCAAUAAGAUAUUGUUGAGCAAUAAUCGAUGAAGGAGUGCAAUAUAUGAUAAUCAUAGCAAUAAUACUAUGUACUCAUUUGAACAAUUAAAAUACAGAGGGUGAUAUUGUGCAAUAA